AUGAGCGGCCUCGGCCCGGACCCCCGCGGUGUCCCUCGGGGCGAGGCUGCGGACGCCGCGCGGCCCCACUCGACCCGAGAGGGCGGGAAGCCGGCGAGUGGAAGGGACCGCGCAGGCAGCGAUGGCCGCGGAGGCCCGGAGCUGGACCCCGGCCCCGCCCCCAGCCGGCCAGCCAGCCCCGCGGCCCCGCCCCCUAGCCCGACGUCGGCCGCGCGGGGUUACGUCACGGCGGCGCGACGGCGGACUGCGCGUGUGCGCGUCUCCAGGGUGACUCGGCGGCGUGGAGUGGAGUGCUGUCAGGCAGUGGGCGCGGGGCUCCAAGCAUCUCAGCCUCACUAAAGACUACUGGAGAGAAGUAACAAAAAAAAGGCUUCUACCUUUCAAAAUUCUGUAAGAAAUUGAGAAACAAGCAGCAUUCGAAAAGGAUAUGCCUCAAAAGAGAAAAUGAGAGCCACACAAACUUGAUGCCAUCAAGGUCAUGGAAGUGGGUACAGAGCAGCACAACAAUGAUGUCGACAGGUGGAAGCCCUCUGCAGUACGCCACAUGUAAUGGUUUCCCCGAGGAAGAGAAAGCUUGGUUAUGGGUACACACAUGUUCGUGGUAGCACUACUCACAGUGGCCCAAAGGGAAAGCAACCUUAAUCCCUUCAGGCUGCUAUAGCAAAAUACUACAAACUGAGUGGCUUUUAAAUAACAGAAAUUCAUUUCUCAUAGCUCUGGAGGCUGCCAAGUUCAAAAUGAAGGCACUGACGUUGUUGUAAUUUGGUGAGAGCCCUUUUCCUAGUUCACAGCCAGCACCUUCUCUCUGUGCCCUCACGUGGUAGGGAAGGGCAGGGGAUCUCUCUGGAGCCUCUUUUGUAAGGCGUGAUUCCCGCUCAUGGUGGUUUGUUUCAUCCUCAUGAAUUAAGCAUCAUCAAAAGACCCCAAAUACUAAUACCAGCGCAUUGGGUAUUAGUGUUUCAACAUAUGAAUGGGGGCAGGGACACAAGCAUUCAUUCUAUAGCACAACCCAAAUGUCCACAAAUGAAUGAAUGGAUAAACAAAUUGAGGUCCAUAUGCAUAAUGGAAUGUUCAACCAUACAAAGGAAUAAUGCAUGGAUGUACCUUCGCAACAUUGCUCUAAGGUAAAAGUAGCCAAACACAAGAAGUCACAUAUUGUAUGAUUCCAUUUAUAUAAAAAUAUCCAAAAUAGGUAAAUCCAUAUAGAGACAGAGCAUAUAACGAUGGUUGUCAGAGGAUUGGAGGAGGAAGAAUAGGGAGCAACUGCUUAAUGGGUAUAGGGUUUCCUUUGGGGAUGAUGAAAAUAUUUUGGAAAUAGAUGUGAAUGGUGGUUGCAAAACAUGGUGGAGGUAGUGAAUGUUCAACUUAAAACAGUUCAUUUUAUAAGGAAUGAUUCUCACUUCUAAGUAAUUUUUAAAAAAGAGAAAAACCUCAUGCAUGUGCAUGUGUUUAGAGAAUCUCAAACUACAGAUAUCACUAGAGGGGUACAGGAAAACUUUCAGGGCAUGAGACGC